AUGAACGAUGGUGAAUUGGGAAGGAUCUGCGACUAUCUCAAGCCAAAGGUGUUCGAGGAGAAUGCCAAGGUUGUUGAAGUGGGAAAGCCACUUAACGCGAUGCUCUAUAUUAUAGCAGGCUCUAUGCAGGCGCCAAUUACGGAUGCUGGAGAAGCAGCUUCAUCAACCUCAUUCGAUACUCUUAAGAAAGGUAUGUUUGUUGGAGAACAACUUCUGGAUUGGGCAAUGAAAACCAAAGCUUUUGAUGACCAACCUGUUUCGUUCAAAACCAUCCGAUAUACCACAAAAGUAGAAGCCUUUGCUCUCACAGUUGAUGACAUGAAAACUUUAGUGCUCUCCGGAGACAUCUUCCCGAUGAAGUCAAAAAGUGAAGUUUAG